AUGCUAACUCGAACCGCAGCCAGGGCGUUUUCAACGGCAGCGUUGAAAGUUGUGAAUGAUGUUACUAGGCAACAGUUUUAUGUGUCGCUGAAGGGAAAUGAGGCUUUCCUAAAUUACGAGAAAUCGGGCAAAGAAUUAACACUUGUGAGGACUGAAGUCCCAGAUGCAUUCAAAGGAAAAGGAGUUGGAAAAUUACUUGCCAAGCAUGCAUUUGAUUAUGCGUCAGAGAACAAACUGAAUGUGAUAUGCCAGUGUCAUUUCUUGGCGCACUAUUAUGAGCAAAACAAGGAUAAUUAUAAGACUCUACAAAUAACAUUUGAUUUGGAUGACUAA